CUUUCAGAAGCGACCUGCCAUCUUUUUUAAAGUUCUCUAGUUGUCGAAUCCGUACUUCCAUUACUUCCCAAGUGCCGCGUUCUUUCCAAAUUUACUCCGCCCUCCGCUCCCACGAGCUGAAAUCCACCACCACCGCUUACCCUCCCUUCGUCCUUUUCUUUAUCACUCCUUAUCACGGAUGACGACCCAAUCCCCAACCCUGUUAUCUUUUUUAUCUUCUCCCAUUAUUCAAUACAAUCUAUAUACAAUAUUGUUUUCUUACUAUAUAUGUGCUCUCAGGCUGCUCUCUUCGCCUUUGGGGUUCACAGAUGGAGUCUUCCGGUGACAACGCUCGCCUGGGCUUCGGGAAGAUGGGCUACGGAUGCAACCACUACAGGAGGAGGUGCAAGAUUCGCGCCCCAUGCUGCAACGAGAUCUUCCCCUGCCGCCUCUGCCACAACGAGUCCACGAAAGAUCGCCACGAGAUCUGCCGCCACGAUGUUCAGAGGGUAAUUUGUGUGAUCUGUGACACUGAGCAGGCAGUUGCACAAGUGUGCUCGAACUGCGGGGUAAAUAUGGGGCAGUAUUUCUGUGGAGUGUGCAAAUUCUAUGAUGAUGAUAUUGAGAAAAGACAGUAUCAUUGCAAUGAAUGUGGUAUCUGUAGAAUUGGAGGCAAAGAGAACUUUUUCCACUGUCAGAAGUGUGGAUCCUGCUACUCUAUUGAUUUGCGUGAUAAGCAUGUAUGUGUGGAAAACUCAAUGAGGCACAAUUGCUCCAUCUGUUAUGAGUAUCUUUUUGAUUCCUUGAAAGUAACAACGGUUCUGAAGUGUGGACAUACAAUGCAUUCACAAUGUUUUCAUGAGAUGCUAAAGCAUGAUAAAUACUCAUGUCCAAUAUGCUCCAAGACAGUGGCUGACAUGUCAAGAGCUUGGAGGAAAUUAGAUGAGGAGGUGUGGAUCCUCUGCAAUGACUGCAACGAUACGACGGAAGUCUUCUUUCACGUUAUUGGCCAGAAGUGCAGUCACUGCGAUUCAUACAACACUCGUGUAGUUGCUCCCCCAGUGCUUCCUCGGUGAUUGGAUUUGGUUUCUUAAAACAUCUGUAUUCAUGGGCAGCUGGAACACCUUUGCAUGUACUCCUUCAACAGACCUUGUGCUGUUGUCAAGAAAAAGCUGGUUCUUAAUAUGUUAUUAGACUUGCUGUAGUUGUGUUAUUUCUUCAGAUAUUUUGUUGUGCUGAUUUUUAUAUGUCUUAGUGUGACCCAAAUGGAUCGACCAGUGAAUCCAAUAAUUUCCUGUAUAUUGAAAUCUUCCUGGUUCAUUCUAAGAGAAUUCAUGUUC